AUGUAUCCAAAGUCGAACACCGACUUCUCCCCUCUAGUCGACAGCGCAGAUAUUCACGAUUUGGACCCUGGUCACACUUGCGUCAAGAUUCCCGAUGCGCCCCCGCGAGUCGUGGCCGGCGCAAACGCGACGCUCCAGAUCACGUAUAAGGCUGACUGGGAUGCCCCUCAUCUUCAGACUUUCUACGCUUGCGCUGACAUUACAUACGUGGCGGCGGCCGACUUCAAUUUCCGGAUUCCCUGCUUCAACCACACUGUUCCCGGUGAGGACAACGAGGCAGCGGCAAAGAGCGUAGGUGCUACGUCCAAACAGUCCGCCGCGAAUAAUCCGGAGCCGUCGGCGUCUGCGAUUGUUGGUCAUGGACAGCAGAUGGGAGGGGCUGCCAUGGCUGGCGCUAUCGUUGGCUCGCUGGGUGGUGCCUCUGCGCUGGUGGCCAUGGCAAUCCUGCACAGGCGGAAGAAGCAGAAGGAGCGCAGUUUGCGGCUUGCGCGCAUGGAAGAGAACGCACGCCGUGAGGCUUACCCAGGUGAUAAGCCGGCGCCGUAG